AUGCAAAUCGAUCAUCUCUUCUUCACAUUUCAUUUCUUUCAUUUAUUAAUCUUCUUCACUCUUUUCUAUCAAACAACAGCUCAAUUCGACCCCGAUUGUAAAUGGAGAGACAAUGUCACUUCAGUCGACGAAAUCGCUCACCACAAAUAUCAAGUACUCGAGGAUUGUUUAUAUUAUAAAUUGAGUCGAGAUGCGGAUAAGUUACAAAAUAAAGGCAACGCUUUGAUGCUAUUGCCACCAACAGUGGCUGCUGGGGAAACCCUCGAUUUGGAAGUGAUGGAUGUAGUGCUAAGACAAUUGUGGAUUAAUGAGGUAUUCAAGGAAAUGAAUAUGAAUGGGUUUAUCAAUUUGUCAUGGAAAGAUCGUCGUCUUCGAUGGGAUCUCGGGGAUUAUAAAACCGAUAAUUUGAAUAUCAAAAGCUUUGGGAAGAUCUGGGUGCCGGAUAUCAAUUCGGAGAAAUAUCAAACAGCUUCAUCGAGCAGCGAUUACACAGCCUAUCAAGGAAUAAAUGCAAAAUACACAGGAAAUCUCACUGCUCGCUUGGAAUUCCGUAUGCAAGCCGAAUGUGAAGUCGAUUAUUCGGAUUUCCCGAAUGAUAUCAAACAUUGUUGUUUCAAUCUUCGAUCAACUCUCUUCAAAUAUUAUAUCAAAUACUUUUUGAUUGGAGCUCAAAAUGGCUUAAACGUGGAGAAUUUACGCUCAAAUUGGCACAUCGUUGACUCGUGGGUGAAAAAAACGAAUCAAGAUGGGGAUAUUAAAGCCGAACAACUCGAGAUUUGUGUGACAGCAAGGCGAAAAUCGUCGACUCUUUCAAUCGAAUUGCUCAUUCCAGUCACCGUUUCAGCUCUCCUUUUAAUCAUCGCUCCAUUCUUUGGGAAAUUCAAAGAACAAGUGAAUGUGAAAAUGUUCUCGCUUCUCAUUCAAUUUCUCGCUUUUCAACUCCUCGUCAAUAAAACUCCGCAAGUCGGAUUCGGGGAACAUGUGCCGAAAAUUUAUCUCUUUUAUGCAUUCACUUUAUCAAUGACAGUCAUUUCACUCAUUCUCACCGUCAUCAUUGCCGCUGUCGGGAGAGUGCAAAGGAAAGUGCCACCGGCUCACCGAUAUACCCUUCUUGCAAAUGUUCUCAACGCGAAUAUCUGUUGUGGAAUGGAAGAAACGCCGAACACUGAUGGAACAUCCAAGGAUUCCUCAUCCGAUUGGCUGCAAAUUCAUGUGGCUGUGAACAAUUUGAUCUCCCUCCUUGUCCUCAUCAUUUACGUCAUCGGCGCCAUUGUGAUCAUCUUU